AUGGCUAGUACGGCUAGCGAACUGGAACUUGACGACCAUCGAGUCAUAUUUAUUGCAGACUAUGUACUUAAAACACUGAAACAAAAACCAGACAGAUGGACUAAAAUGUACAGUGUGGACGAAAACAAACAGCUGUUUAUGGAUUUCUUUGAAAAGCCAGAUUUGACAACUUUAAUCAUUAUCGCCACGGCAGCUGGCUCACUUCAAGUACAGUAUGAGUGGCCAUCAAACCCAAAAGCUAAAGCUUGCUACUUUGUGAAACGCUCAAGAGAUCCAAUCCAAAAGGAUGCAGUGAUGAGAAAUGUACUGCUGUAUGGAGAUAUGGCAGCAUCUCCACUGGAUCAGUUGUGUGCCUUUGUUGAUGAGGUUCUUGUUCCAUUACUGUCCAAUGAGCGAAAUCAUGACAAGUGGCCAAAGGUUGUGUCCAAGGAUGUUACACGACAUGUUCAUAAUCUAAAGAGCACUGUGUAUGUUGUCUCUGGACAGGCCAAGGGAAAAACAUUAUUACCCCUUCCAGUAGGAGCAGAUAGAAUUGAACAAGUUGGAGAUGGUGAAAAGGAGACGUAUGACCGCAGUCUAGUACAUGCCAUUGAAUCUGUAAUAAUUGAAUGGACUCAUCAGAUUCGUGAUGUUCUAAAGAAAGACUCUGUGCAACCAUUGCUUGAUGGUCUGAAUCCCUCUCCAUUUGUGGAAAUUAAAUUUUGGGAGAGCAGAGGCCAGAACCUGGAAUGCAUUUAUGAACAGUUGCGUGAUUCUAAAGUGAGGAAGAUGGCAGAACUUCUUCAGCGAGCCAACAGCAGUUAUUUCCCAUCAUUUAAGAAUAUAUUCCGUGAUGUAGUAGCAGCUCUAACCGAAGCCCAGGACAUCAACAUGCACUUGAAGCCACUUCGUUUCCAACUGGAGGAGCUUGAGCAAACUGAGUUUGAUGAGUGUGGAAAGCUUCUGGCACCUCUGUUGAACACAGUUUGUCUUAUUUGGGCAAACUCUGAGUACUACAACACGCCUGCACGCAUCAUUGUUCUUUUGCAAGAAAUUUGCAACAUGAUCAUUGAUAUGGCUAAAAAUUUCCUGUCUCCCGAUGACAUCUUGAAAAGUGAAGUUGAGGAAGUGAUUGGAAAAGUUCGAACAGCUCACAAGAUCUUGUGUUCUUUCCGAUUAUCUUAUGAUGAUCACAGAGCCAAGCUCUCCACUUACUUCAAAAAUGGGAAGCAACCCAAACAGUGGGAGUUUGUUCCAGAGCUUGUGUUUGCCAGAUUUAACAAAUUCCAGGAAAGAGUUGAAACUCUCAAGAAUUUGAUGGAAACUGCACUAGAGUUUUAUAAACUGGAAAAGAUUGAGCUUGGUGGCAUUCAGGGGAAGCAACUAAGUGCUCAGGUCCUUGCUGUCCACACAGAGUUCUGUGAGCAGUAUAAAGUCUUCUCAGAGCGCACUUAUGAUUGUCUGGACACCAGUAGCCAUGAAUUUAUGGAUGACUAUUACGUUAUGUUGGAGAAAGUUGCUGACUUUGACCGUCGUGUGGCCACCAUUAUUUGUCAGGGUUUUGAUGACUGUUCAGGUUUGGAGUCUAUGUACAAG